UUUGGAAUUGAAAUAAGAAAAGUGGUGAUACUGCUGAGUUCAGUAAACCCUAAUAUCCCGCCAAAGCCCCAAAUCUUUGUCCUCUUUCAGCGACGCAAAACUGGUCUCUCUCGAGGCGCCGAGACAGUAGGAGGUCUUCCCCUCCUUCGUCACCGACUCCGACAGAGUUUAGAUUAGAAGAAGAACACAAUAAUGGGUCGGAAAGUUGGUACUCUUCGCAUUAAUCCCAAGAAAUUUGGCUCUCUUCACAAACCAUGUAUGAAGGAGAUGAUGACAUUUCUCAACUGCUUGGCACUUAACCACAACAGUGAUGAGAAGUGUGUAAAAAAUAAGGAACUUCUAAAUACUUGUAUGGAUGCUCAGAACAACAACAGGAAGCCAUGGGGAAGCAUUAAUUACCACAUGCAGAGGCUCAGUAGGGGAAAGAAAUAGUUUUUGGAUUUUCUAUAAACUAAAUUUCAACUAAUUUAUGGUCCUUACAAGUCAUCCUUUGCAGACAUAACGAGUUAUCAUUUGGUUUUUGCACCAAGAAGAGGAUUUUUUUCUUUCUUUCUUUUCGAUUUCAUUUGAGGAAAUGCCCUAAGAAGUUGUCAAAUUGGUAGUUGUUCAACUGAUGCUUCUUCUUAUGAGUUUUUGAAUAAAUUGUAAAACAGAGUAUACUGAUAUACUCCAUAGAGUGAAGUGGCCGCUAUCCCCAAGGCCGCGGCCAAGGAUGUUAGUGGCCGGCCACUGCUGCUUUUCAACCUCCCAAAUUCUCACAAAUUUCCAAAACAUCUCAUGCUCCUUGCACAUGAUUUUGUAAUUUUCAUACACAUAAUGAGAGUUAAAAUCAUAUCUCCAACAUCCAUAUCACAUUGUGGUUUUGUGAAAUUCAAAUUAAAUGUGUAACUCUCAUUUUACA